UUCGAAUGAAUAGGGGGCUGAGAAUCCGAGGAAGGCAAAGACCGCCAUGGCUGUGUCACUCAAGCUUUCAAUCCUUCUCGCUCUAACAGUGGUUGUUGCAUUAGCAUUUGGGCAUAACAUAUGGGCUGCUUUCUUCACCAACACUGCUUCCAUUAUUAACCAAUUUGCUUCAAUCACACCCUUCCUUUUAAUCUCCAUUACCAUCGAUUCUUUUCAAGGCAUCUUAUCAGGGGUGGCCAGAGGAAGCGGAUGGCAGGUGUUGGCUGCGUGGGCCAACUUGGGGACCUUUUAUUUAAUUGGAAUGCCAGUUGCAGGGCUUCUUGCUUUUAAAUUUAAUCUUUAUGCUAAGGGACAUGGCAAUGGAGUACGUAGAGCCUGUUGUCGGUAUUGCAUAUUGUCUCGGAACUCCUGUUUAUAUAGAGCUGCAAUUGAAAGCAGAGCUUCUUCGUCCUCUGGGGAAGAUACCGAAGAAGGGAGUUGA